AGAGAAAUAGAGCAAUCUGGCAACACCGUGCUUGUGCCUUGCGUUUUUUUUUUUUUUUGCGUGUGAGCGUGUGCGUGUCCGGUGCCGGGGGGCGGAGCGGCUGAUGCGGCGGGUGCAGUGGGUCCGGUUCAAGAGCUGCACUCGGACCCAGAGUUGCGCUGGGAUAUAAACACGAGUGCGCGUUUUAAAGCGUUCUGUCGGCUCUCAGGAGGGACUGGAACCCGAUCCCAUCCGGAUACUGCGGCAAGCUGAACAGCAUCUCCUGAGUUUGGGUCACGAGCUUUUCUGUCGCAUCCCAGUGCAGACUCAGGGAAAUGAACCGACUCCGAGUCGACUCGAAAAUGAGGAUUUUUUUUUUUUAUGAUUAUUGCGACAAAACGGAAUGAUCAGUAACUAUGGUGACGGUUGAUUUUGCGGAUGUGUCCUGUCUGACCCGGAGUCUCAGGCUGUGUUAGCGACCUUGUGUGGAGGGACAGUUAUGAACUCGCUGCUUUUCGGGGACGUGUUAGGAGCCGGGAUGCUCGCGGCGCUGCCCGGAAGCGGUACCGGCGCGCUGAGCGAUGACCUGGGCUCCAACAUCCACGUGCUGAAGACGCUGAACCUGCGCUUCCGCCGCUUCCUGGCCCGCGUGCACGAGCUGGAGCGCAGGAACCGGGCGCUGGAGGGCCAGCUGAAGCUCGCCGCGGCGCGGAGGGACACCUAUCACGCGCUGUUCACGCGCGACGUGGCCGUGCAAACCGACUCCACCGAGCCGAGGCUGCCGGGCACCAUAUGGAGCUUCACGCACGUGCGGCGGCGCGGAGAGCGCGUGGAGACGCUGCACGGGCCCGGGGUGUCGUGGUCGCACCCGGACGGCGUGGGCGUGCAGAUAGACACCAUCACACCCGAGCUCAGGGCGAUCUACAACUUCCUGGCCAAAGUCAAGCGCGAACGGGAUGAGUACAGGAGCAAGUGGCAGGAGGAGCUGUCUAGACGAGAGCAGAUGGAAACGAUGCUGGAGUCACUGCAUGAGAGCGCUCAGGAGUCAGAGGCCAUUCAGGAAGAACUGAGGAAUAAAGUGGAGAGGUUAAAGGCUGAGCUGGUGGUCUUCAAAAGCCUCAUGAGUGAUCAAAUGUCUGACCUGGACACGAAAAUCCAGGAGAAAGCCAUGAAAGUUGACAUGGACAUCUGCAGGAGAAUCGACAUCACGGCGAAACUCUGUGAUGUGGCACAACAGAGAAAUUCUGAAGACAUAAUGUUCAACGUCAGUCCAUCCAGGGCCUCAGCGGGGCCUGUGGCCUGCAGGAAAAAAGAAAAGAAGACCUUGUCAGAUGAGGAAAACUCUGAGAUGGAUGCAGAUCCAAGCACGUCGGAAGAGGAAGCAGCCGGAUCACUGAACAUUACGGACGAAAUGAAGCGUGUGCUCAAUCAGCUGCGCGAGACUUUUGACAUCGACGAUGAUUGUGACAGUCUGACAUGGGAAGAAAACGAGGAGACGCUGCUGCUGUGGGAGGACUUCACCAACUACAACGUGCCGUUCAUCAGCACCACAACCAACGGUGCAGACUGUGGAGGAGGCAGCCAGGAAGCUGACUGCAGUCUGGGAAGUCUCAUCGAUGAGACCGAGACGCUCUUCAAGACCAGGGAAGAGGAGUACCAGGCAACAAUCGGCCAGAUCGAGAUGGAAUUGGCUACAGCUAAGAGUGACAUGAAUCGGCACCUUCACGAGUACAUGGAAAUGUGCAGUAUGAAGAGAGGGUUGGAUGUCCAAAUGGAGACGUGCAGGAGAAUGAUCAAGGGGGGGAGAAACUCUCCAUCCUUCAGCUCAGGGGCGAGCAGUGACUCAGGGAACACUGACGAGAUCCAGGAUGAGUCAGACAAGGACGGAGACACAGAGGGGGCAAUCAGCUGAUAUUUACCCAGCCGGGUCACACCCUCCCCUCACCGAGCUCCUAUCAGCUCCAAGGCCACUCAGCAUUCGGCCAGCGGUAUCGAGCAGGACUGGUCCAAAGGAUCACUAAUGGACAGGUCCUAUUUUCCUGUAGGUGCUUUAAAGUCUCCUUUCUAGUAUGGAAGCUGAAGAGGGACGUUCUUGAGCAUUGUGCCUCUGCACUGAUGUCCUAGGGUGUUCUGUCAGUCAAAUCAACCUCACCAAUCACAAGCUUCACAGAGUAGGCAAGCCAAACCGUACCAUUUAAACAACAAUUCAGUAUCAGUAUCAAGACCCUACGCAACUUUACUGUCAUAAAGAGCCAUUUCGCAUGUACAUGUAUGAGCCUUUUCGAGUGGGUGGGAUAGCCAUUGGGAUGCCAGAAUGAUUAUUAUAUUUUGUCUUUUCUACAGUGCUGUAUUAUUCAGAAGGCAGAACAGCUUGGAUGGCCUUUUUGCUGCCUCGAAACACUAAUUAACAAAAACCCAAUAGCGUGUGUGGACAGAAUGCAGCACAGUUAAAGCUAUCUCUAAGGUCUAUGCAAACGGUUAGCCUUAUUUCAUGUUUUCAUGUUCUCUGAUGGUCUGUGUAUUCCGAUUGCCAUCUUCAAUUGGGAAGACAGUUCUCGCCAUUACUCCGAGUGCUUCUAGAGGAAACCGUGAGGCCUGUAAUGUUUACAAGCUCAAAGGAGGGAGCUGUGGUGCGGUAUAGGUGCCUACUCAAGAGCACUCCACUUCAAAAACAUAACCGGUUCUGUGUCCGAAUAUCAUAAUUUUGGAUUGAAAAGAGCUAUGUGCCUGAUCUUAUGACUAGACUUUUUGAUUUUGAUGGCCUUAAAUGCACUUGCUUGCUUCUUUUUUGUUGUUGUUGUUGUUGUUGUUGUUUUUAACAAAUUCUAGCCUACUGUACGUAUUCGCUCUGAUCGACUUCUUGUUGUUUUAUAUGUUUUAACGUUUUUUGCUGUUUUUUCCAAAGAUGAAGCUGCCUUAUUUUGUUAAGCAGCUUGAAUGAUAAAGAGCUUUCAGGUAGCAAUUGUGUUAGUAAAAUGGACGUUUUUGUUCAGCGCAGGUUACUAUUACAACUACUAAUAUAUUAAUUUAGUGAUGAUGAUGAUGACCAAGCAGAUACGCCAGCAUAAUAUCGAACGUCUCACAUUUUUGGCCAGCAGAGGAAAAUUUUCCAUUAAGUUUAUCUCUGUAACUGGUAUCAAGAUGGCUAUUUGUAUUUCCAUAAUAAGAAUAUUGUUAUUUUUGCCUUUUUGUUCAUAUUUGACCUUUUGGCAUUUAAGGUGUAUACACAUAUUUUCAAACAUAUAUAUAUAUAUAUAUUUUUUUUUUCAUAUUCAUUUAUAUUAUGUAAUUUAUGGUUUCUCUAGGGUUAAUUUCGGUUCCUAUUUAAACUGUUUGUUUGUGUUAAAAGGAGGUCCUGACAUUAAUAGCAAAUGAUUUGUUGCACAGCGAAAACGAUUCAAACGUUGUACAAAACAUGCGCAAAAUCCAAUUGCAAUCAUUUGAGCCUCCAUAAUACACAAAGAUUAAUCCGUCACAUUUAGCUUUGUAUUAUACUUCUAAAAAGUCAUAUUAUGGAAUUUCAUAUGAAAGAAAUCAAAGACCUGCUCAAGGGUUUUGUAUGAAUUUCUUUUUUUUUUCUUUUUUUUAACAAUAUUCAGGGUCAUUUGGAUGCUUUCUCUGGUAAAUAAGUCAUGUACUAAUCAAAAUGUUGCCUUUUAGCCUCAAACAAUGCUUCUUUUUAUAUUCUUUAACACAAUAACAGGAACAUCAUACGACAUUUCUUUGUACCAGGCCCAACAAGAGAAAUCUCAGUAGUAACCUCCUUUUUGUAAUUACUGAAAUGUGAAAAUAACGGGUUUACAUGAACGUAAAAGAGAUAUCAGAAAAGACUGUCGAGUUUAAAGGUGCAGUUUGUAAAAUUAUAGAUCUUUAGCAAUUAUACUGUAUAACUAUUAGACAAUUUCAAAUUUCAUACCUUUCCAACUUCAUAACUGACAUUUGCCACAUUGGCAUGCAACAGAUCUUCAUUAUUUAAUGCAUCUGUUGACGUUUCAUCUGGCCCUGAAAUUUGAAACGGAGCUGCUCGGGUAUGUCCGUCUUCCUUCAAAGGCAACUUGUAGGGGUAUAUACCAUAGAUUCAGCAGGGGAUUUGUUGGGUUGAGGGGAAGAGAAAGGCUCGUCAGUUUUUACUCCAGUUCCAGAAGGUGCGAUAGAUUACAAACUGCUCCUUUAAGUGCAUGUUACAGUGAUAAAUGAGUGUUAAGUGUUGUGACCAAGAGGCUGUGAGUUCACAUCCCAGAGUUGCCACUGAUGUGUUCUUGAGCAAGGUCUGACAAGUAGCAGUAAAGAGAUGGCCUGAAACACCUUGUUGUUGUUGCUUCUCUCGGAAAUGUCUUUGCAUCGUUUCGUGUGCCACGUUCACUCUUCCUCUUCUCAUUUGAAAUCCUGAUACCUCAAUCACUGAAUAUACAUUAUAUCCAUGUAGACACAUCAUCUGUAGUAUAAAGAGCUUCCGUGUGCAAUAUUGUGCAUUCCAGUACUGUGUUUAACACACCGUUAUCGACUUCUCCUCACCACUUGCCUAUUAAUUAUUAAGCAAACAUGACCCAGAAGCUGACUGUAAAUGUUGAGUCAAACUAUACAUACUCGAUAUUCUUAAAAGAAAUAUCAAGUAUAAUAUGCUUCGUCAGAGACUGUUUUGCGAGCAUUUUUGAAUUACACCCAAGCCAAAAAGUACUUGAGCUCCCCUAAAAGCAUGUGGAAGGGAGGGGGGGGGAGGCAUAAAAAGCAAUAAUUUAUUCAAGGUAUAUUAAACCCGUCUAUCCUAAGGCAAAGGAGUUUCUUUUCUAUUUGUUGACCAUAAAUUAAAGCUGCAUGCAAUUUAAAUUCUUAUGAGCUCUUAGUGGAAUUGGUGGAAUUUUAUCAUUUUUUAGAGAAUUCAUAUUUCAAAUCUGUGUAAUCUGUUUAUGACAAUGAGAAUAUGCUACUCCAAGGGGAAAAAAAAAAAACUUUAAAAUGAACAAUACCACUCUAAUGCCGCUUUUCCACUACCAACGCGGCUGAGCCGUGCCGUGCUGAGUCGGGCUGAGUCGAGCUGAGCAGGG